UUUCUCUCGCCCUCUUGCACGCACGCAGGCACGCACGCAGGCAGGCACACCUCCUCAUCCAUCCUCCUCCUCCUCCUCCUCCUCCUCCUCUUCCUCAGAUGGAAAGGCAAGCUUCGACCGGUGGACUAAGCGCAAGCACUUCCCGUGCGUAAAGGGUGACCAUGGCGCCUUUUACGCGCCGCAGGUAACCGGGGGAAACGAUGAAGUAGUCGCUUACUUUGUAUCGCGCUGAGAUGGCAGCACUUCGCAGGAAAUUCGGGGAGGACUACCAGGUGGUCAACACCAAUCGGGCUGGGGGCGGCGGCGGGUUUUCGGUUCCGGCGGCCAAGAAAAAGAGGCAGCGCUUUGUGGAGAAGAACGGCCGCUGCAACGUGCAGCACGGCAACCUGGGCGGAGAGACCAGCCGUUACCUGUCGGACCUUUUCACCACCUUGGUGGACCUCAAGUGGCGCUGGAACCUUCUCAUCUUCAUCCUCACCUACACGGUGGCCUGGCUGGUGAUGGCGUCCAUGUGGUGGGUGAUCGCCUUCAUCCGCGGCGACCUGCAGGAGCAGCAGCAGCAGCACCACGCUGGCCGUGACGCGUCCUACACGCCGUGCGUGGCCAACGUGUACAACUUCCCCUCCGCCUUCCUCUUCUUCAUCGAGACGGAGGCCACCAUCGGCUACGGCUACCGCUACAUCACGGAAAAGUGUCCCGAGGGCAUCAUCCUCUUCCUCUUCCAGUCGCUGCUGGGCUCCAUCGUGGACGCCUUCCUCAUCGGCUGCAUGUUCAUCAAGAUGUCGCAGCCCAAGAAGCGGGCCGAGACGCUCAUGUUCAGCCAGGACGCCGUGGUCUCGCAGCGGGACGGCCGGCUGUGCCUCAUGUUCCGCGUGGGCAACCUGCGCAACAGCCACAUGGUAUCGGCGCAGAUCCGAUGCAAGCUCAUCAAGUCUCGCCAGACCCCCGAGGGCGAGUUCCUGCCCCUGGACCAGCGCGAGCUGGACGUGGGCUUCGGCACAGGGGCCGACCAACUCUUCCUGGUCUCGCCGCUGACCAUCUGCCACGAGAUCAACCCCAAGAGCCCCUUCUUCGACCUGUCCCAGCGCUCGCUCACCAACGAGCAGUUUGAAAUCGUGGUCAUCCUGGAGGGCAUCGUGGAGACCACCGGCAUGACGUGCCAGGCGCGCACCUCGUACACAGAGGACGAGGUCCUGUGGGGACAUCGCUUCCUGCCCGUCAUGUCCCUGGAGGAGGGCUUCUUCCGGGUGGACUACUCGCAGUUCCACAGCACCUUCGAGGUCCCCACGCCGCCGUAUAGCGUCAAAGAGCACGAGGAGAAGAAUUCCCUGCCGUCGCCCGCGUCCACGCCGGCGCCGGCCGAGAGCCGAGGGGCCCGACGCGACCGCCUUUUCUCCGUGGACUGCAUCAGCGCGGCGGCGGCAGCGACCGCCGGGGCUCGGCUGCCCAGCAAGUUGCAGCGGAUCAGCUCGUCCGGAAAGGAGGACCUCCAGAGGAAGGUGUUGAUGCUGAGCUCGCAGCGCUCCGAGAAGGCCUGCAGCACCGGGGACCUGCCGCUCAAGCUCCAGCGCCUCGGAUCCUCUCCCGGGCCCGACGGCUCGCCGGAGGCGGGAUCGGAAGCCGUGUCCCAGUCCGUCGGGGACCUGUGCCAGCGCAGCCCGAUGAGCACCUUGUGCCCGACCCAGCCGCACGCGCGCAGCCCCCUUUUGUCGGCCGGCGGGAGGCCCCAAGACAACCUGCCUGCCAAGCUGCGCAAGAUGAACCGCUGAAUUUUGGGGGGGGGGGGGAAUAUAUUUAUGUAUAUAUCCCAGAUGAGCAGCUCUGACGUAAAGGCAACAUUGGCAAUGAUUCACCAAACCGCUCAGUGCCAUAGGAGCCUCAACUGACAAAUGGAGCCACCGUGCUGCAUGUACACAAAUCUUAGUUUUAUUCACCAAUAAAUGAUAAUCACCCUU